CGCGUGUAUUCCGAGCAGGCAGAGAGGCGUCCUGUGUUGCUAUGGGGACCGGGCGGCGGUUGCCGGAAAUACGUCACUGAGCUGUUCAAACCUGAGAGAACCAAAGAGAGCCGGGGGAGAUGACCAAUCAGGAGGAUGCCUGGGAGGAGCUGGACGCAGAGUUUGAUCAUUAUCUGGUGGAUAUGAAGCCGUAUGUGUUGAAGCGCCCCCAGAGGAUGGAGCGCCAGCGAUGUGCCUUGUGGAUCAAGAAGCUGUGUGAGCCCUCGGGGGCGGGAACCGGGAUUUCCGGCAGGAAGAACAGGAACCUGUAUGCCAAACUUCUCCUCCACAUGCUGAAACGUGGCGAGCUGGAGGGGCCCUUCACUAGUCAACCUGAAGAUGGCACCCUGAGACCUCUGCCCACCUACAUGUCCAUCUACUUCGAUGAGCCCACUUCUGCCCGGCUCCCCAGCGCUGGCACUGGGGGAUUACCGGACUGGGUCCUGGGAGAACUGGAGGUCAGGGGAUGGGGAUCUGAGGAGGCCUUGAAGACGUCAUUAAGGAAGGAGCCGGUGGACUCCUCCACGCCGACCCGAGGUCUCGAUAUGAGGCCAGCAGAAGGUCGUUCUCCUCUGGUGACGGUGGAGGGUGAGGAAUGGUGGUGUUCCCACAACGCGGGCUUUCCUGAGCUGAACACUUCCAGAAAGAGCGCGGCAGUUAUAUACCGUAAUCGUCCCAUCUGUACAGUCAUCGUCCCUUCUAUACCGCCAUUGUCCCUUCUGUACCGUCAUUGUCCCUUCUGUACCGUCAUUGUCCCUUCUGUACCGUCAUUGUCCCUUCUGUACCGUCAUUGUCCCUUCUGUACCAUCAUUGUCCCUUCUGUACCGUCAUUGUCCCUUCUGUACCGCCAUCGUCCCUUCUGUACCGCCAUCGUCCCUUCUGUACCGCCAUCGUCCCUUCUGUACCGCCAUCGUCCCUUCUGUACCGUCAUCGUCCCUUCUGUACCGCCAUCGUCCCUUCUGUACCGCCAUCGUCCCUUCUGUACCGCCAUCGUCCCUUCUGUACCGCCAUCGUCCCUUCUGUACCGUCAUCGUCCCUUCGGUGCCGUCAUUGUCCCUUCUGUACCGUCAUCGUCCCUUCGGUGCCGCCAUCGUCCCUUCGGUGCCGUCAUCGUCCCUUCGGUGCCGUCAUCGUCCCUUCGGUACCGUCAUCGUCCCUUCCGUGCCGCCAUCGUCCCUUCCGUUCACCAUCUUCACAAAGAGCUGGAAGAAGAGAAGGACGGCGCCCAGAAGAAAACCUCCAGACUCUGUCAUCUCCUCCGGGAGAAGGAGGAGCAGUUGGCACGCAUGGCAGAGACGCAGGCCACCCAGGCCCAACAGGCAGAUGCAGCCCUCCAAGAACUGAAACACCAGGUGGAGCUGAACACAGAGAAGGUGUAUGCUGAGAUGAAGGAUCAGAUGGGGAAAGUGGAGAUGGACUUGAGCCGAUCGAAAUCCCUCCGAGAGAAGCAGAAUAAAGAGUUCAUCCGGCAGUUGGAAGAAGUCAAGCAGAGAUACGAGCAGCAGAUUGUGGAACUGAAGCUUGAGCAUGAACAGGAGAAGACUUACCUCUUCCAGCAGCACAGUGCCGAGAAGGAGGGUAUCAUGAAGGACCACGAGCAGGAGAUCGAUCGGCUGGACGGGCAGCUCCAGAAUACCGUCUCCGAGCACGAGAAGAAGAUGCAGGCGUGGAGAGACAGAGACGCAAAGACCAUCUCGGAGUUGGAGGCCCAGGUCUACAAGCUGAAGGAGGAGCUUAUCCAGGUGAACGCGCAGCGCAAGCAGCAGCUCCUGGAACUGGGACACCUGCGGGAGGAGGAGAGGGCGAGGGCGGCUCAGGAACAUCAGAUGGCGCUCAGCAAAAUGAGAAAGGAGACGGAGAGCACCAGGAUAGAGCUUCAGAAGAAACACAGCGCCCAGACCCAGGAGGCCCUGGAGAAGGCCGCCGGCAGGUUGUCACAGAUCGAGAAGGAGUACGGCGAGAAACUCGACAAGUCCGCGCAGGUGGUGUGCGAUCUUCAGGCCUCUAUGACUUCCCUGAGAGAGGAGAAGAGUCGGCAGCAGCUCGGUAUGGAGAGGAGGUUUCAGGAAGCUGCGAGGAAUCACGAUGAAGAGAAGAGGAGGAUCAUGAAGGAGAAUGAGAAGACGAUGAAGCUGCUGAAAGGUGAAUUGGAGAAUUCCUGCGCUCAACUCCGCCAAUCCGAGAAACGGCGGCAUGAGAAGGACCUGGAGAUGCAGCAGCAGAUCACACAUGUCCGGGAGGAAUACGAGGCGAAGAUCAGAGGACUGCUGCCGGCCGCCCUGAGAAAGGAAUUAGAAGAGACAAUCGGCUCCCUGAAGUUGCAGGUGAACCUUCUACAGAAGAGGACGCAGGUGCUGCAGGAGGAACUGACGGUGUAUCAGAGGAAAGGACUGUGACCUCCAUACAAGACAGACGCUCAUCAGGACCCGCCGAGCCCUUCAUAUUCCAUGCCAAAUACAAUCUCUCAUCUGAUUGGCUGUUACAUUCCUUGUGUCAGACGUCGCCUCACUGAGCCACGGGCAGCCGCUGACCCACCACUACCUAAACCCCGCCCCCUCGCUUAUCUCUGACCCACCCACUACCUAAACUCCGCCCCCUUGCUUAUCUCUGACCCA